AUGGUAUUUACACGCCUCGCCCUCCGCUCUGCUCGUCCGACGCCGCUGCUUCGACAAUGCACCACACCCAUUAAACAUCAACACGGCGCGGUGUUUGCACGAGCAGCCUUCCCGAAUGGUGUCAGAACGCUGACAGCGACUUCCUCACAACAGGGAAAAGUAUUACUUGUCUUGUACGAUGGUUAUGAGCACGCUCAGCAGGAGCCCAAGCUGCUCGGCACUACCGAGAAUGAGCUUGGUCUGCGGGAGUGGAUCGAGAGCAAAGGUCACACUCUAGUGACCACCUCGGACAAGGAGGGCGAGAACAGCAAAUUUGACCAAGAGCUCGUCGAUGCUGAAGUCAUCAUCACAACCCCAUUCCACCCAGGUUAUCUCACUGCUGAGCGCCUAGCCAAGGCGAAGAACCUCAAGAUCGCUGUCACAGCUGGAAUUGGUUCCGACCAUGUCGAUCUUGAUGCAGCAAACAAGACCAACGGCGGCAUCACCGUCGCCGAGGUCACUGGUUCCAACGUGGUGUCCGUCGCUGAGCAUGUCAUAAUGACCAUUCUUGUCCUCGUUCGCAACUUCGUCCCAGCUCACGAGCAGGUUGCUCGGGGAGAGUGGGAUGUUGCAGCGGUAGCCAAGAACGAAUAUGACUUGGAGGGCAAGACUGUCGGUACUGUCGCUGUUGGACGCAUCGGCGAGCGUGUCCUCCGUCGUCUUAAGGCUUUCGACUGCAAGGAACUACUUUACUUCGAUUACCAGCCUCUUUCAGCAGAGAAGGAGAAAGAGAUCGGCUGUCGCCGAGUGGAGAGCCUUGAAGAGAUGCUGGCACAGUGUGACGUGGUCACCAUCAACUGCCCGCUACACGAGAAGACACGGGGACUUUUCAACAAGGAUCUCAUCAACAAGAUGAAGCCAGGCUCAUGGCUCGUCAAUACCGCCCGCGGCGCCAUCGUCGUCAAGGAGGACGUCGCCGAGGCGCUCAAGUCCGGUCAACUUCGCGGAUACGGUGGCGACGUGUGGUUCCCUCAACCCGCACCCAAGGACCACCCGCUACGCACCGCACAGUACAAGAACUGGGGUGGCGGAAACGCCAUGGUUCCGCACAUGUCCGGUACUUCGCUCGACGCGCAGGCCCGCUACGCCAAGGGCACCAAAGACAUUCUCGAGUCGUACUUCAGUGGUCGCCACGACUACCGCCCAGAGGAUUUGAUCGUCCACAAGGGUGAUUACUCGACUAAGGCCUACGGUCAGCGGAAGCCAUGA